AUGGAUGUUCAUGCAGACAUUGCAAUGACGACCUUGGAAUCUGAGGGAGUGUCACUACAGUUGAUCCACGAGCAUCCUAUGACGCCUUGGAAUGAUCUGCGGAAAGGUGAUUGUUGUGGAUGCUUCGAAGCUAUCAGUGAUGGCUAUUACUGCAAAAUAUGUGACUUCUUUGUUCACAAGAAAUGUGGCGACUCGGCAUCUAUCGAACACCCAUCCCACUCCAUUCACACUCUUCAGCUUCAAAGUAAACCAGGCAACAUAUGUGAUUCAUGCGGCAAGAGCAUCGUGAAUCUAUGCUAUCGUUGUAAGAUCUGUGACUUCGACGUGGAUCUCUACUGUGCCAAGUACCCACCACCAGACGUUAUUGAGAUUUCCGAAACGCAUCCCCACAAGCUCACCCUUCUCAAAGAGGUGAUCGAGUUCAACUGUGAUGCCAACAAAUGUGGGAAGCCUGGUUUUGAGUUUCCUUACAAAUGUCAUAAAUGGGGUUUAGCCUUCCAUGUCGAUUGUGUAUGGAAUCAGCCGGAGGCAAAACACCCGUUAGAGGUAAACCACUCUUACCAUCCUUUACACCCUCUUAAGCUCCACACAGGUCAACCACCGUUCUAUUCUGAUGGAACUUGUCGUCUUUGCUCAAGAAAGAUUGAUGAUAGAUUGUUUUAUCAUUGUUCUGCUUGUAACUUUAGCUUGGAUAUGCGUUGUGUUUUAAACCCACCACCACAAUCUAUUCUGGAUUUGAAAGUUCACGAUCACCAACUCGUCUUUCGCCCAAGACUUGAUUCUUUUACAUGUAAUGCUUGUGGGUUGAGUGGAGAUCGAAGCCCUUACAUAUGUGUUCAUUGUGAUUUCAUGAUACAUCAAGAGUGUCUUGCCCUUCCACGCCUCAUAAACAUCAAUCGGCAUGACCACCGUGUUUCACGCACUUCUGUUCUAGGUGUUGUGAAUUCUGUAUGUGGAGUUUGUCGCCGGAAAGUGGAUUGGACUUGGGGUGGGUUUUCUUGUCAGAGGUGUCCAGGCUAUGUUGCUCAUUCGAAAUGUGCUACUAGAAAGGAUGUUUGGAACGGGAAAGAACUCGAAGGAGUGCCUGAAGAGAUAGAAGAUAUAGAGCCAUAUGUGGUAAUAGAUGACAACACAAUACAACAUUUCAGCCACAGUGAGCAUUACCUGAGAUUUCACAUUAAUGGUCUUUUCUGGGAGGAAAAUAAGCGGUGCAGCGCUUGUACCCAUCCCAUUUGUCUUCAAUCCUUCUAUGGCUGUAUCGAUUGUGAUUUCAUUCUUCACGAAAGUUGUGCUAAAUCUCCUAGAAAGAAGUGGCAUGUGCUUCACAAUGAACGGAUUACUUUAGUUACAAACGGGGCUGCUGAUUUCUUUGCCUGUGAUGCUUGUCAUAGAAUGUCCAAUGGUUUCAUGUACCAGUGUGGGGAUGUGAAGUUGGAUGUUCUUUGCGGUUCAGUUUCGGAGCCGUUUGUCCAUCCAAGCCAUCCCCAUCAUCCCUUAUAUUACAUUCCAUCAGUAGAAGGAAAAAAAUGCAAUGGUUGCAACAACUCGGCAUCUCCUGUGCUUACGUGCAUUGAAAGUGGUUGUGGAUUUGUCUUAUGCUUCCAUUGCGCCACGUUACCACAAGUGGUAAAACAUAGAGUAAACGAUCAUCCUCUCUCACUAUGCUAUGGCGAAAAGGCAAGCGGCAAAUACUGGUGUGACAUUUGUGAGAAAGAAACGAAUCCAAGUACAUGGUUCUACACGUGUAAAGAUCACCGAGCUAGUUUGCAUACAAAGUGCGUGCUGGGAGACUUUGCAGGGUUCAUGCCAAGAAGCACAAUGGUGGUUAGCAGCAGAUUAUCAUAUGAGGUGGUUCUCAAUAAUAGUGUAUCACGUCCAUUUUGCAGGAUGUGUGAGUCGCGUUGCAUGUACCCUAUCAGCUUGAAGAUAAAUGUAACCUCAGAUAUUUACAUUUGCUCUCGCAACUGCCUACUGUUGGUUUAAGCUUGAGAGAAGCUUAACCGGAGGAUUACUUAAACCGCAAGUCUUUGGUUUUAUGAGAAGAUAAAUGUAAAUCCUCUAGGAGUUAUCUAGAAGGAUCUUUGUAUUUUCCUAAUUGAGAUAUGAUUAGGUCAUAGGGUUUGUCAUAUAAGGACAUAUCGAGUUGUGAUAUGACUUGUGCGGUUUUAGAGAGUUUGAGAAGUGAUUGAGAGAGGCUUAGGUUUUGAGAGAGUUUCCUAAGUAAUAAAAGAGAGUUAUUCUUUUG